AUUUCGAUGGAAUCUCGGAGCGCGUUCGAGGAGGCAUGGCAGGGGGUGAUAGCGGCGGGCGGCGAGGAGCAUCUGUCACCGCCCAAGGAGAUCGUGUGGCUCAACGGCGCGCCCGGCGCCGGGAAGGGCGCCAAUACGCCCUUCAUCCUGCGCACGCGCGGAUUCGAAGCGCGCGCCAUCCAAGUGAGCGACCUGCUGGGCGGCAACGAGGACGUGGCGGCCAUCAUGAGAAGCGGCGGGCUCGUAUCAGACUCCAUGGUGCUGCAGAUCGUGCUUCAGCGAAUUCUAACAUUGGGCAACACGCCAGCCAUGCUACAGGACGCGGAUCACGGCGAGGUGGUGGCGAAUCCCGAGGCGGGCGGCAAAGUGGCGGGCGCUGUGGUGGAUGGCUUUCCACGCACCACCGUGCAGGUGGACUUCAUCAAGAUGCUCUACGACAGGUUAAUGGAGCUGCAUAAAAAGUACCUCAACACGCCCCUGGAAGCACAGUUCCCCCGACCCAUCUUCCGCAUUGCCGUGCUGUACGUGGAGGAGGAGGAGAGUGUGCGGCGGCAGCUGGCACGGGGCAGGGCGGCCAUUCAGCACAACCAGCGGGUGGUGGACAGCGGGAUUGGGGAUCUGCAGGAAGUGCGGGCGACUGACUUGUGUGAGAAGUCAGCGCGCCGCCGCUACCACAUAUUCCGCCAGCACUACGACACUCUGCUGCGCCUCAAGGCCUUCUUCCCCUUCCACCUCAUCGACGGCAUGGGCACACUCGCAGAGUGCAGAGAGCAGAUAGAGAAGGAGCUACAGUAUCAGAGCGCGUUGGAGCUCAACCUAACCACGUUCCGAGCCAUCAGCCACAUCCCCCUCGCCUCGGACAUAGCCAAGUACGCGCGGCAGAACAUGGUGACUCGCCUCGAUAGCUACCAGCAGAAAGACCCUGCUACCUUCAAGGAGGUAAUCGCAGUGAUCGACUCGCAGGUCAUCCCCAUCAUCCGCCGCUCCGCCCUCUCAGGCUUUGCCAUUUUCAACACAGAACUCCCCGUGUUCUUUGACCGCCCAGGCGCGCCUCAAAUGCUGGCGGACAUUCUGGCAGAGCGCGGUUACUUUGUGUACUGGCAGACGCGCAUCCGGGAGGUGCCGGUCCGAAUCGACCCAUCCACCUUUGCCAUCGAGUGUCUGCGCCGCACCACCAUGGAGUUCCGAAUCAAGUUCGACCGCCCACUCAUCCGCUCCUCCGACUCCCUCUCCUCCCUCUCCGCCUCCUCCUCCUUCCUCACUGCCACCGCCGCCAAAGCCUCCUCCUCCUCCUCCACCUCCACCUCCUCUCCCUCCUACUCCUCCUCUCGCUCGCUGCUCACACCGCAGUCUGCCACGUUUCAGCCGCCGCCAGAGACCAAGGCAAGUGCCAUGUGCCCGUCGUUCCCUGGGGGAAAUCCGCCCUGCUUUGUGCCGGAUAAGGAUUUGAAUGGAGGGAGCUCGGAAGGGGAUGCAUCGGGAGGAGAAGGUGUGAAGGGGAGAAGAAGAGGUGAGACCCUCCAUGUUGAUUAA